CUCCAGUGACACAUGUGGUGGUCCCCGUGCAUGUGUGUUGGCUGCAGGAGUGGGCAUACCGUGUGUGCAGGUGUGUGGGGGUGAAGUGUCUGGGACGAAGGUUGAGCAGAGAACACCUGUAACUUCUCACCAUCCUUCGCCACGGCGCUCAGAGUAAAGUUCAUUUCACCGUAUUUUUCACUCUAGCUCUAUUUUUUGUGUGUAAAUAGAGAGGAGAUUGUGUAUUUAGUGCAUUUUGUCUCUGUGUGUGCAGUGCAGAGAGCGAGUCAUGCUACAUGGAACGUAAUUAACCCUUAAAGUACUAUGACGCGUUUUCAUAUUCAGUUACUAUUUGAUUUUAUGCAGCUUCAAAUAUUUGUGUGGGAAUCGAAAUAGAGAAAAUUCUGGCCAUUAAUCUUCAGGCCAUUAUAGCCCCUUCCUAAUGCAAGUUAAAUCGUCUUAUCACACCCAAAACUCAGGUGGAAAUCCGUCCCUGUACUGAAGGAGUGCUAAUAAUGCAAGGGGCGAGAGAAUUCGUAUCGGUGAGAACACGGCAGCGGUCCAGCGGGAGUGACUUGUGGGUGACAAACACUAGGAAACUUUGGCUGAACUGAGGAAAUCUGGCAGGAAACUUUGACUGAACUGUGGAAAUCUGGUAGGAUAUUCUCGCUGAACUGAGGAAAUUUGGUAGAAAACUGGCUGAGCUAAGAAAAUCUAGUAGGAAAUUCUCGCUGAACUGUGGAAACCUGGUAGGAAACUGGGUGAACUGUGGAAACCUAGUAGGAAACUUUCGCUGCACUGAGGAAACCUGACUGUCAUUACACGAGGAGCGAGGAAAGGAAGGGAGAAAGCUUGAAGAUUCCUUUUAACACAGCAGCUGGGAGACAGAAAAGACACCGCUGGAUAGAUCAAAGGAAGACAUACCGAGACAACUCAAAAGAAGAUAGAUAAGGCAAUACAAGGAAGGAAAUAAGAAGGAUAGAAACCACAAGGAGGAUACAGAAAGACAUCACAAGGAAAAAGAGACAGCACAGUAAAGACAAACUGUUCUUCCUUCUACCAAAAUGACAUCGACGAAAUCCCAAGCAGUGAAAAAGGUGGUGGAGAGCGAGCAGGAAGUGGCCAAGCAGCUGUGUACCCUAGUGGAGCACCUGUCCAAUGAAGCUAUCGAGGCACGGGGCAGGUUCACCAUUGGCUUGUCUGGUGGAUCAAUGGCAAAGUUCCUGUGUGGGGGCCUACCUUCCAUCCAGACCAGCUGGGACAAGUGGUUGCUGUUCUUUUGUGACGAGCGACUUGUGCCGUUCUCAAAUGAUGACUCGACAUACAAACUAUACCAAGCUGGUCUGGUGGGCAAGACUCCUUUGAAAGAAGACCAGUUUGUAAUCAUCAACCCAGACUUAGAAGUGCAGGCCGCAGCUAAGGACUAUGAAGAAAAGAUCCGAGCUAAAUUCCCUGACAGUGACUGGCCGCAAUUUGACCUGCUGCUGCUGGGAAUGGGACCUGACGGACACACUGCUUCCCUCUUCCCAGGCCACCCCCUCCUGGAUGAGCAGAGUGUUUGGGUCGCCGCCAUUGCCGACUCCCCCAAGCCUCCCCCAUGCCGAGUGACAAUGACCUUUCCUGUCAUCAACAAAGCCCGCUGCUGUGCCUUUGCCAUGGCUGGGGAAGGAAAGGCAGAUAUGGUGAAGCGCAUCCUUGGUGACGGCGAGAAGCUGCCAUCUGGAAUGGUGCAGCCAACAGGUGGAGAGCUGCUUUGGAUCCUGGACAAGUCUGCUGCAUCUAAGUUGUAAUGCAGGAACUAAAGCAAUAUACACACUCACAGUGGAGUCAUCUAGCUGACACAGCAACACUCUUACACACACUCUUUAGCAAGAGUUGGGGUUCACAUUUCUUCACGCUGAUGCAGAACACUUUCAGCUAUUGUAUCCUUGCAUGCUCCAGUUGCUCCAGCUUAAAUGCACAUACAUUCAUACAUAUAUAAAGGGUCUCUCCAUCAAAAAGGAGAGUAACUAGAGGCACGCAACUUUCAGUUGCAUAUACUAUGAAAUGACUACAAUAUCAAACAGCAUCACUGUUAUUCUAAGUCACAGCCAUUCAAUAUUUCUAUAAGAUUGUUUCAUUCCAUCACUAUAUCAAACAGAGAUUAUGAAUUCAGCACCACAUUAUUCACAUCAGUUUGCUUAAUUCCAUCACUAAAUCAAACAAAAGGAGAACAUAAAUUAAGCAUCACAAUUCCCACAUUCUAGGUCACUCCCUCCUACAAGAAAAGAAUAUUUGUCCUGCUGCCUACAGUGACCUGACCUCUGACCCAACACACUCCUCAGCUUCCCCUGUGACCAUCCUACCUUUCCCUCCCUGCCAUGUCUGCUGAGGUUAACUCUGCCUCAGCCUUAACAUGACACCAGCACCAUUCUGUACUGAAUGUUAGAUACACCAUGAUAUAUCAAAUACUACAAGCUAUCAUUCCACUACCUAUAUAUCCAGGUGACCAGUAUUAACUCUACAAGGUAACCUGGAUAUUAAAUGUUGAAAAAAUAAAGCACAUUAAAUCAAACAUUCUAUUACAGUUAAUAAAUGCAUAUCUGGUUAACUGAAAAUAAUGGUGAUGGGAUUUAUUUGCAUACAUACACCCAGGAAACUUGUACAAGGUUGACAUUCCAACAAACUCAGCAAAGCCUAUGUAACAAUUCAUGGGUAAGAUUGGUUGUGUGUCCGUUGUGGUUCUACAUGAGUGGCAUUGUAUUUCAGAUAGUUUAGCCAUUGACUGUGUGUGUGUGUGUGUGUGUUUCUACUGUGGUUGUUACAGGUUAUUUUGAAGUAAAAACAUAUGCAUCU